AUGGACAUUAAUGGAAACGCGUUCGUCGUUGGGAGCGGAAGCGGCAUAGGAAGAGCGUGCGCCCUCGGCCUAGCCAAGGGCGGUGCUAAGGGCAUCCUUAUCGCGGACAUUAACCUUGAAGCCGCAAAUCGCGUUGCCACCGAAUGCAGAGGUGCAACCAAAUACAUGAUUGAGAUCUUUGAGAGAAUCGACUACUGCAUCAACUGCGCCGGUAUCGGAGUUCAAUUAGCACGGAACAUAUCGGAGGCAGACUUUGGCGAGUUCAGCCGCUUCCUCCAGAUUCACGUAGAGGGGACAUUUUUGCUAGUCCGGAGCGUCUCGGCCGCAAUGCAACUUCAAGAACUCAGGCCAAUUGAUCCUACAAACCCGGGCCGAGGAGGGGCUCGCGGCUCAAUCGUGACUCUGGGUUCCGGAAACUCGUUUGCUGCAGCUCCUCACUUGGUGCAAUAUACCGCUGCUAAACAUGCGGUGCUUGGUGUGACCAAGAAUGCCGCCCUCGAUAAUGCGGCGCAUGGGAUCAGAGUCAAUUGUGUCUGCCCCACGUGGGUGGAGACUCCCAUGAUCCAAAGUGCGCGAGACGGAGGUGUGGAAAUAGACAGUUGGGUCAAGGGAAUGGUUCCUUUGGGUCGCAUCGCUACUGCGGAGGAGGUGGCGGAUACGGUGAUCUUCUUCUGCAGUCCGAGAUCUAGCUAUGCAACGGGAUGCGGAUUCCUCCUCGAUGGAGGGACCACGCUUACUUGUCACGUCUAA